CGCUGGUGAUUCAGUGCCGCAUGCACACAAUAGACAGAGCGAAGGAGGGACUUCACCAAAACAUAAGCAAACAGAAAGCUUACCUACAGAAAACUCAUUUGUUUUAAAGACUUCUUUUUUAGUUGCCUGCAUUUGGUUGUACACGUUUGUAAAACUUUGUGGAUGUUCAGCAAGACUGUUGGUACCUCAUUGCAAUGGAAUAGUCUGCCUCAAUUUAAAGAUUCUCCGAAAGGCGUUGAUUAAUCAGAAUUAAUUCCCAUUGAGGAAAUCAGGACAAGAUGGCUGCUCUCAUAUCAGAAAACUUCAAAUUUGUUUCACUCUUCUUCAAGAGUAAGGAUGUCAUGAUCUUCAACGGUCUGAUUGCAUUAGGGACGGUGGCCAGUCAGACAGCAUACAACAUUUUUGCAUUUAACUGCCCAUGUGCGCCGAAGAAGAAUUACAUGUACGGCAUGGCAGCCAUCGGUGUACCAGCCCUGGCUUUCUUCGUCAUUGGGUUGAUACUCAAUCGAAGUACCUGGGACUUGGUGUCUGAAUGUCACACCAGAGGAUGCCGGAAAUUAACGCUGACUGCUGCUUCUGUUCUGAUGGGAUCCAUCAUGGGCAGAGCCAUUGUUGCCCCCAUCACUUGGUCUGUUAUUUCUCUCCUGAGAGGGGAGGCGUAUGUGUGUGCUUUCAGUGAGUUUGUAGACCCCUCUACAUUGGAUAAUUUCCCUAUAACUACAAAGACUGCAGAAAUCAUGGCCCAGUUUCCAUGUAAGGAUGUACCUGAUCCUUAUACUAUUUACAUUAAAGUGAUUGAACGCCAGCUACAAUAUGAAUCCCAGCUGUUGGGAUGGUUGCUGGUUGGAAUUGUUUCGCUUUCUGUCUUUCUGCUCCUCUGUCUAAAAAGCUGCUGCUCUACGCUUGGCUAUCACCAGGAGGCAUACUGGACUCAAUAUCGUUCCAACGAACGAGCUAUUUUCCAGCGUACAGCUGAAAUACAUGCUAAAUACCAUGCAGCUGAAUGUGUCAAGAACUUCUUUGGCUUUGUGGCUUUGGAAAAUGAGGAGAAGGAGGUUCUUGCAACUUGUAAUGGCAUCAAGAGCGUCAUUCCCAGACUGGAGUGGAACCGCGUCACAGGUGUUUGCUUGUACAGAGAGGUCGAAAAUACUCCCUUGUACAGUCGCUUAAACAAAUGGGACAUGUAUUCAAAAGAUUUUGGGGACUGUUAAAGCUUAUAAGAAAGUUUGUUGGAGGAAAUGGGAUGCCUCUUUUUAUUAUACAGUUUUAUACAGUUU